AACCGCAUCAUUCCCGCCGUCCCGCACCGCUUCUCGCGCCCGCCCGCCGCGAGGCCCCUCACGCCCGAGGAUCCCUCCACGGCGGCCCAGCGCGGCUCGGAUACGCAGCCAGCCAUCAAGAGCGCAAAGCCAGAAGCCGCUCCCGCGCCCAUCGAGACGCCUCUGACGCCAGACUCGCGCAUCUCGCCUGUGGAGAACCGCGAUGAGGACGAGCACGCCCUGGCAAGCUCGCCUGCGCGCUCUGGGGACGAUCAUGCAGACGGGUCGAUGGACGCACAAGGUAUGUCGUUGCCUGAGACCGACAACCAAUCCGCCGCUGCACAGACUGGUGAAGACCUAGCGGCUACGCCGCAGCCAGAGCAGCCUGCGAUUGCUGUCGCGGACGGAGAGCGCCCGAAAUCGACCGUACGCACUGCGCUUCCACCCGAAUUCUAUCCUAGGGAGAAGCCUAUGGGACGCACGUAUGGUGCAGAGAACGCAGAACUUGCAGCCCAAUUUCCUACCGCUCACUUACCUGCUCAUCGGCCAUCCGUCAGCCUGGAGGGACUCGUCUUUGGUGGAGCUGCGCAGGAGUCUCCUGCUAUGCCUUCCACGCCUCAAGAUCUCGAGCAAGGUAUGCGGGCUGCGCAGCUUGGCUUUGCUCGUCCUCCUCCAGGCCUUGCUCCUCCUCACCUUGCUCCGCAGUUCUACCCUGGCCAUUCGCACCAUCCGUCAGAGCCUGCCACGCCGUGGCCUCUCCCACCCUACUCCAUGGCGAUGCUCCCAGAAACUCUCUAUUCCAACGGAAAUGAGUACCACUCACCUGCGUACCCGCCCGCAUCAGGCGCCUUCCAAGCCCCAUUCGCGGCCCCCUUCUCGCCCCAGGGCGGUCCAGUGUCGAUGAAUGGUGUCGCUAUGAGGUCGCAUUCCCAAUCCCCCAGCAAAUCCCAGUAUGGCGAAGCUGAACCCGGCUCCAAUAACGGCGAGGAGUCGCAGAACAUUUUGUAUGCAAACGGUUCUCCUUCGGCUAAACAGGUGGAAGGGUACGAUGUGGUCAAGCACAUUUCUAAUCAGUUCGGCAACCCUGAGUUCACUGAUUACGUCCUUCACAUUCGGUCGCCAGACGCUAUGCUGUGGUCCAUGCCCGUACACGCAGCCAUAGUGUCACGCAGCCCAGUGAUCUUCGAAGCACUCCGACACAGCGCACCACCUCCUUUCCAGACUAAGGAUACGAGGCGAUUGGCUGAGGUUCUUACCGAUGAUCGGUUCGUCACGCCUGAGUCUCUGAACGAAGCAGUCAAGAUCUUGUACGCCGCUCCUUUGCUAUCUGCCGAAGCCUUCCUCUACAACUUGAGUCCGUGGGAUGCUGGCCAUGAUCAAGGCUAUGCGUCCAACGAGGCUCGUAAACGUAUGGGCCAGGCCAUCAGCUAUGCGGCUGCCGGGAGAGUAUUGCAGAUCCCCGAAAUGCAAACAUGUGGUCUGCGGAUCGCCAAGUCGCUCCUUCGUUGGGACACGCUUGACAUAGCUCUACACUUCGGAUUCUCGGCGAACAAGACUACCGUGCAGCCCAAGGGUUUUGGAACCGACAAUCGCUUGUUGGAGACAUACGCAGUACCCUUGCUCGACGAUGCGCUCGAAUUCAUUGUAUACAACUUUCCGUCAGACUUCAAACUCUACUCAAUCGCCCCAGAAUUGCGCCAGAACCCUCGACUGCCGGCCGUCGUUGAGUCUCAGCAGUCUUCUCACAAUCCACGAUUGAGUAAGAUUCGAUUCGGCGAUGCUCCUCCUGAGGAUGAGCUGAAACCCAGCCCUGUCACACAGUUCCUUUCGAGCAUCUUGCUAUCAAUCCCACUCGCUCUACUGGAUCGACUCUUCAGCCACCCCGCGGCCGCCAACCAGGUCGGGUGGAGUGGUUUGGUCAGGAUCAUGCGAGGCGUGAUCGAGGAACGUGAGAAGCGUCGCCAGAAGGUCCUCAAGAGUAUGGACAAGCCUUUGGAUACAUCGAUCUCCAGGGCUCUGCUCGAGAAUCUUUAUCGAGAGGAGCGCGUCGAGCCAGCCUCGGAGCGGCCGUCUGGCUUCAAGCCAGUGGCCGUUCGUCUGUCA